GGAGACUUGCCUAUGGUAGUCCUGGUCCCACGUGGGGCGCCCACGGUACAUUGAGGUAAGCUCAUGGUGUCACCAGCUCGUAUCAUCUCUCUCCCAGUCACCCUCUCGCCAAGCUCUAAUUCAUGCUCUCUUUCUCUGGUGCUGUAUGUAACGUAUCAGUAUAUCACUCUAUAUAUUGUAGACAUUGUCGCAGGCUUACGCUUGCAUUGAAUGUCGACACCGCAGAGGAUUCUCUGCGCUCUCACACUAACUCUUCCUUCUUAUUCUUUAUUAACCUUCAAAAAAUCCAGAACCUCCCUCUUCCUCAGCUUUCCUCCUCCAUCGUACAUAACCCUAGCUCGCUCUCUCACUUUCACCUCCUCUUUCUCUCACUGCCAUCCAAUCAUGUCGCACAAUCAGCGAAGAGGUGGGCAUAGAGGUCAGAGUUGGAAAGAGAAGUCAAAAACUAGUAUGUCGUCUUCAGCUACAAGCAGUGCUUCAGCAGUUGCAGCUGAAGCUGUUAGUAAUAGAAUUGGUGGGCUCGGCAUCACUGAAAACAGUGGGCAAGCAGCCACUCAAAUAAGUAGUGCUGGUUUGAGCAAGUUAUUCGGGGGUAAUAUGCUGGAAAAUUUCACUGUGGAUAACUCUACAUACACGCAUGCGCAAGUAAGAGCUACGUUCUAUCCCAAAUUUGAAAAUGAGAAGUCAGAUCAAGAGGUUAGGACAAGGAUGAUAGAGAUGGUAUCUAAAGGCUUGGCUACCUUGGAGGUGUCACUUAAACAUUCUGGGUCUCUUUUUAUGUAUGCUGGUCAUGAGGGUGGAGCAUAUGCGAAAAACAGCUUUGGAAAUAUAUACACUGCUGUAGGUGUUUUUGUUCUUGGACGGAUUUUUCAUGAGGCAUGGGGAACUCAAGCAGCAAAGAAGCAAUCAGAGUUCAAUGAUUUUCUUGAGAGCAACCGUAUGUGCAUAUCCAUGGAACUGGUAACUGCUGUUCUUGGAGAUCAUGGACAGCGUCCCCGAGAAGAUUAUGUGGUAGUGACAGCAGUCACAGAAUUGGGCAACGGAAAGCCAAAAUUCUACUCUACUCCUGAAAUAAUUGCUUUUUGUAGAAAUUGGCGCCUACCAACAAAUCAUGUGUGGUUGUUCUCGACAAGGAAGUCAGUGACUUCAUUUUUUGCUGCCUAUGAUGCCCUCUGUGAAGAAGGAACUGCAACACCUGUAUGUAAGGCUCUUAAUGAAGUUGCAGAUAUAUCUAUACCAGGUUCAAAAGAUCAUAUAAAGGUUCAGGGUGAAAUUUUAGAAGGUCUUGUGGCUCGUAUUGUAAGUCAAGAGAGCUCAAAACAUAUGGAGAAAGUUUUAAAAGAAUCUCCUCCGCCGCCAACUGAGGGAGCUGGCCUUGAUUUGGGACCAAGCCUUAGGGAAAUUUGUGCUGCAAACAGGACAGAUGAAAAGCAGCAAAUAAAAGCACUUCUUCAGAGUGUUGGCACUUCCUUUUGCCCGGACUAUUCAGAUUGGUUUGGGGAUGAAGAAGCUGGUGACACCCAUUCAAGAAAUGCGGAUAAAUCUGUUCUUUCAAAAUUUUUACAAUCUCAUCCUGCUGAUUAUUCAACCACCAAAUUGCAGGAAAUGAUGCGCUUGAUGAGAGAAAAACGUUUCCCUGCUGCAUUUAAAUGUUACCAUAACUUUCACAAAGUCAGUUCCAUAUCAAGUGACAACCUUUUCUACAAAAUGGUCAUUCAUGUCCACAGUGACUCUGCCUUUCGGCGAUACCAAAAAGAGAUGAGGCUCAAGCCAGGAUUGUGGCCAUUAUAUCGAGGUUUCUUUGUUGAUAUUAAUUUAUUCAUGGCAAACAAGGAGAGAGCUGCCGAAAUUGCCAAAAGCAAUACUAUGGUAGAGAAUGGUAGCAGUAGCACAUUGGGAAAAGAUGCAUUAGCUGAUGAAGAUGCAAAUUUAAUGAUCAAAUUGAAAUUUCUUACUUAUAAGUUGAGAACCUUUUUAAUACGAAAUGGCCUGUCAAUUCUUUUUAAAGAAGGUCCAGCGGCUUACAAGACCUAUUACUUAAGGCAAAUGAAAAUAUGGGGCACUUCAGCAGGAAAGCAGAGGGAACUUAGUAAGAUGCUUGAUGAAUGGGCUGUGUACAUACGAAGAAAGUAUGGAAAUAAACAGCUAUCACAGUCAAUAUACCUUAGUGAAGCUGAGACUUUUCUUGAACAGUAUGCAAAACGCAGUCCACAGAAUCAGGCUCUGAUAGGUUCUGCUGGUAACUUUGUAAGGGCUGAAGACUUCUUGGCCAUUGUUGAGGGAGGCAGGGAUGAAGAGGGUGAUCUCGAGAUGGAGCGGGAGAUAGCACCAUUAAGCCCAAGUCCCUCUGUAAAGGAUAUUGUUCCGAAGAAAGAGGGGUUAAUUGUAUUCUUUCCAGGGAUACCAGGUUGUGCUAAAUCUGCACUUUGCAAGGAAUUACUAACUUUACCUGGAGGACUCGGAGAUGAUCGGCCUGUCAACAGUCUCAUGGGUGACCUUAUCAAAGGAAAAUAUUGGCAGAAAGUUGCAGAUGAGCGCAAGAGAAAACCAUACUCGAUAAUGCUUGCAGACAAGAAUGCACCAAAUGAAGAAGUAUGGAGACAGAUUGAAGACAUGUGCCACAGAACCAGAGCUUCUGCAGUUCCAGUUGUACCUGAUUCUGAAGGAACUGAUACAAAUCCAUUUUCUCUUGACGCAUUAGCUGUUUUCAUGUUUCGUGUGCUUGGACGAGUUAAUCAUCCGGGAAAUCUUGACAAGGGAUCUCCAAAUGCUGGCUAUGUGCUGCUAAUGUUUUAUCACCUUUAUGAGGGCAAGAGUCGCAAUGAGUUUGAGGGUGAACUAGUUGAACGAUUUGGCUCACUUGUGAAGAUGCCAUUGCUGAAAUCAGAUAGGAAUCCACUACCUGAUCCUGUAAAGUCUAUUUUAGAGGAGGGAAUAAAUCUAUACAAUCUUCACAGUUCCCAACAUGGAAGAUUGGACUCUACCAAGGGAUCCUAUGCAAAGGAGUGGGUUAAAUGGGAGAAACAAUUGCGGGAGGUUUUAUUCAGCAAUACUGAGUAUCUUAACUCUGUACAGGUUCCAUUUGAGUUUGCUGUCAAGCAAGUGUUGGAACAACUAAAAAAUAUUGCCAAGGGUGAUUAUUCAACACCAGAUACUGAGAAGAGGAAGUUUGGAGCCAUUGUUUUUGCUGCUGUCAAUGUGCCUGUUACAGAAAUCCAAACCCUUCUUGAUAAUUUAGCCGAAAACAAUCCCAAGGUUAAUGCUUUCCUGAAGGACAAGGAUAUAGUUAGAAUUCUUAAUAGGGCUCAUGUGACUCUUGCACACAAGAGAAGUCAUGGUGUUACAGCUGUAGCUGGUUAUGGCCUCUUCCUUCAUCAAGAGGUCCCAGUGAAUUUGACUGCUCUGCUCUUCUCAGAUAAAAUGGCUGCAUUCGAAGUUUGCCUCGGUUCUGUAAAUGGGGAAAAGGUUGUUUCCAAAAACCAAUGGCCUCAUCUUACCAUAUGGACUGGAGAGGGAGUAACUGCCAAAGAAGCUAACACAUUACCACAAUUGGUUUCAGAGGGGAAGGCAACUCAAAUUGAACUUAACCCACCUGUUACUGUACACGGCACAAUAGAAUUUUAUUGAGUCUUCCUUUUUCUUCAUUGCACUGCUCACUGCUCAGUGCAGCAGGUUCAAUUCACAAUGGUAUAUAAGUAGACAAGAACCUUUAAAAGCAACGAGUUUUUGUGAGUAUUAGGGUGAUAGGUAAAGUGAAUGCUUCGUUGAAGGGAAAAGUUUUGAUACAGUUGAGAUUUUUUUUCUCCUGAGAAAUUUUGGAUAUAUAGGCAUUUGAAAUAGGAGAAGCGGAUGAUUGAAUACUUCAAUGACUAGUUUAUAUGAUAUCAGUAAA